UGCCUCUAGUCCAUUCAACAUGUCUCUUGUUUCCUACAUAAAAACGCAGAUGUGUGACUGGUGCACGUUUCUCGUCAUAGACCUGUAGGAACUGGCUGCUGGCGCAGCAGUGUUGAGUCAACGCUGCAUCUGGGAGGCUGAGACAGCAGCAGCAUCUCUGGUGUGAUGUGGGGAGACAGAGAGAGGAUGACAUAGCGACAGCAUCCGCUAACCAUACAGCUGCAUCAGAGCGCAGCUUCCUCUUUAAGUCGGGUUUAACGUGUUUCCGUUAGAUAACGCUGAGUGUUUGCGCCGCCUGGUUCUCACAUCAGUUGCCAUCGGGCUAACCUCACGGAGAUUUUGAUCAAAGUUGCUGCUAGCUCGCGUUAGCUCGCCGCUAUCCUUCAAACAUUCAAGCGGCCACAUAAAACAUGCGGAGCAUUGAGGCCGAGACCCCUGGGAUAUCUUUAAACGCUUCCCGCAGGACACGACCUUCGGUUGGACGCUGACUGGACUCUGCAGAGCCGCUGUGAAAACCAGUGGCAGUCUACAGAAUGCUAAUGCUGGGCUGAUAGUCCUCCAAGAGAGGACAGAGAGCGACAGAUCUCAAGGACCAGAUUGUCUGCCGAACUUCUUGCCUCCUAAGACAGAUCGCCAGGGACCAUGCUGACCAUCUUGGCUGCUGGCUCUGUGUUCUUCCCAGGCCUUUUCCUUCUGUCCAAACAAUGCCUGAAGUCCAUCCCAGCACUGAGAUGGAGCGAAGGAGAUGCGGUCAUCGUAUCGGCCAGGUUGGUAUCAUCAAUUCAGGCAGUCAUGGCUUCUUCAGCUGGCUACAUCAUUGCAUCUUCCUGUAAGGACAUAAUUGAGGACCAGCACUGGCUCACAAGCACCUACAUCAUGUUUGCUGUCCCCUACUUCGUCUACGACAUCUACGCCAUGUUCAUGUGCUACUGGUACAAGCUGCGGGUGAAAGGUCACGAGGAGGCCUUGGCGGCCCCCCAACACAUGCGCUCAGCAGUGAGGAGCUACCUGCGUCGCGAGUUCCUCAUGGUGCUGCACCACGUUGUCAUGGUUACCGUCUGCUUCCCCGUGUCUGUGUUUUGGCGACAAGGAAAGGGCGACUAUUUCCAGGGCAUAAUGUUCAUGGCUGAGCUCAGCACUCCGUCCGUCUGCUUAGGAAAAAUACUCAUCCAGUACAAACAGCAACACACUCUGCUGCACAAAGUGAAUGGGGCUCUUAUGCUGGUCACUUUUUUCAUCUUUCGAGUCCUACUCUUCCCUUACCUCUACUACGUCUAUGGAAGGUACGCAUCGAUCCCCUUCCACAUGGUUCCCCUGACGGUACCCUGGCACUGUAACGUCGGCGCCGCCCUGCUCAUGGCGCCCCAGCUCUACUGGUUCUCCCUCAUCUGCCGGGGCGCUCUGCGAUUAUUCACCGGCGCGUCGCGCUCCCAGCGGCCGCGCGCGCCCUCCGCCGACGCCAAGGAGCACCCGGCGGACGGCAACACUCUGCCGCAGCCCGCUAACGGCUACAGCGCUCGCUCCACAGAGCCAGAGCUGACCACCCACUGAGAGGAGGAGGCAGGAGGAGGAGGAGGAGGAGCAGCGGCGUGGGGGGGAGGAAGGCGAAUGUACCAAUGAGUAUGUAAACAGAAAAGAGAGCAAAAAGUAAAACUUCUAAAAUCACGCUGAAGUGUUUCAGAGCCAGCAAACGGCUAAAACGAAGCGGUGGCUGACCUUCAAGUACUUCAGCUUGGUAGUUUGUAGGAACCAAAUGGAGCUUUAGGGCACCUUAGUAUUUAAGAUGUCAUCAGGCACUGUGACGGAUAGGAACAUGCACUGACCCGGGAGGAACCUGCCUGGAUAUUUAGCAAGUGUAGGUGGCCAUUUCCCCUCAUGUAGAUCAAAUACAGUCCUCGCUGCCUCGCAUUAUAGGAAGAGCAGGAAAAUAGGAAUGUAUUAUAUUGUAUGUUAGUAUGUUUGCUGUAGAUGAAAGGCCUGAUUCAGUUUAGUAACGAAGAAGACCUUCAAAAAAUAACAAAAAAGGAAAAAAAAAACCCAGCUAAGCAGUAUUUUGACUUGUUAGUGUUUAUCUGUAUCCUCUAUGUAGUCACUGUCACUC